CAGAUUUAAAUUUGGCAACCCUGCCGCUGAUGGCUUUGUCCCGAUCGCGUCGUCGGGCAUUGAUUUUUCCGUAAAAGAAAUUUAAAUUGAAUUAAAGUUCUUUAUGUUUUGUGUUUAGUUUUAUAUUUAAAGUGCCGUUGGUUGUUUGUGCGUGAUAUUUUGUGGUUUUGUUCGUUUAUCGUGGUUGAAAAUAUAGUUAUUUGAGCAUGGAUGAUGGCGAUUCUAAAUCUGGCAAAAAUUCGCCUAAAACCGAGGACAAACUCGGUAAUUGUUAUUGCGGAAAGGAAAGGAAUCUCAACAUUGUGGAACUGCUGUGUGUAACGUGCUGCCGUUGGUUCCACGAAUCAUGUAUCGGAUUUCAGCUGGGCCGCUUGGUACCGUUUAUCAUGAACUAUGUGUUCGUCUGUAAGAACUGUUCCGUAACGGGCCUGGAAAGCUUCCGGAAGACCCAGGCCACGAUCCCGCAGAUGUGCAUGACGGCCAUUGCCAAUCUGCAGCAGACGUCGGUCAAGGAGGGCAAACCGAAGAUGCUGUUCAGCAAGGAUAGGGACAUUAUUCCUUUCAUGGACCACUACUGGGAGUCGAUGACGACAAUGAGCCGGCGUUCGACCCAGUCCUGGUACGCCACGGUGCAGAGGACUCUGCUGAAGGACAUCAAUACGGUGUUUGCCUAUGAGGAAACAGCCGAUGGGCAAAUGUACGGACUGGUGACGCAGGAUUUGACACAGAUCAAGCCAAAUUACGAUGAGGCCACUGCACAAGGCACACAAAAUUUGGCCAAGGCCGGCCGGCAGCAGAAGCGAAAGUUCCCCAACAGUGACCAGGGUGGGGCUCUGGGUAAGAAAAGCCGCGUCGGCACGGAACUAGCGCUGGUAAAGCUCCCUGCCCAUGGGUAUCCGCUGGAACAUCCCUUCAACAAGGACGGCUACCGGUAUAUCUUGGCCGAACCGGAUCCACACGCGCCGUUCCGACAGGAGUUUGACGAAAGUGCCGACUGGGCUGGCAAACCUAUUCCUGGCUGGUUGUACCGGGUCCUGUCGCCGAAUGCGGUCCUGAUAGCAUUGCACGACCGGGCUCCACAGCUGAAGGUGUCCGACGAUCGGUUGGCCGUUACCGGAGACAAGGGAUACUGUAUGGCCCGGUGUACACACUACGUCACCCGCGGCAGUUGGUACUGGGAGGCAACGGUCGAGGAGAUGCCCGAAGGAUCUGCCUGUCGGCUCGGUUGGGGCCAGGAAUACGCCAACCUGCAGGCUCCGCUCGGUUACGACAAAUUUGGCUACUCUUGGCGAUCCCGGAAAGGAACACGCUUCCACGAAUCGCACGGAAAGCACUACAGCGAUGGCUAUGGAGUCGGAGAUACGCUCGGUUUCAUGAUAGUGCUUCCGGAGGCGAACCCCGCCGGGCACAUUCCGAACACAUUCAAGGAUCGACCGUUGGUCAAGUUCAAGAGCCACCUGUACUACGAGGAGAAGGAUAAGGUAACGGAAACGCUCAAGUCGCUGAAAGUGCUGCCAGGGAGUAAGAUAUAUUUCUUCAAAAAUGGAAUCUGCCAGGGCGAAGCCUUCACGGAUAUGUAUGGCGGAGCGUACUAUCCGGCCAUAUCGGUUCAUAAGAGUGCAACGAUCAGCGUAAAUUUUGGACCCAACUUCAAACAUCCCGAAGUGGAGGAACAGUUCAAGUGCAAAGCCAUGCAAGGACGCGUCGAGGAGAUGAUCUGCGAGCAAACCAUGGCCGAUAUGAUGUACUUCACCGAAAAUGAUGGCAAACUGCGUCUGGAUACGUAUAGCCUUUAGUCCGAUCUACACCGACCGUAUAAAUAAAACAUCUCAUCGUUUCACUAGCCCGUAAGUAUUUAACAAACUACA